GUGAAAGACUAUGGCAUUGAGCCGCAUUAUGUAUCGAAAGCUCGACAUGAUAUAGAACGUGCGCACCAAAGGUUUGAUGCAGGAAGAAAUUCUUCAAGAAAAGGCCUGACAACUGGAGGAUCUACAAGGAAGCCAAAGUCUAGCACUGUUAACACAGAUGAGGACACGCAGCAAAAGUACAGUACUCGGAAUACAGCAACAGCAGCAAUCGCUUUGGCAAAAGGCGAUCAGAGAACAAACAAGCCACACGUUGUUCAAGCACCUCCUACCAUGAAAGAAACACAAACGCGGACUCCGAAGACUCCACAACAACAAAGACAUUUCGCUGCAGCCCUCCAUGCAAGUAGUCUUGAUUUGCAGAGAAACGAAAAACAGAAACUACCGUCAGCAAACACGACUAUGACAUAGCAAUGUGCACUCAUACUCAAAAAAGUAUCCAGUUUCCGCCUCAAAUUCUUGUCAAUUUUUUGCGUGUGAGUGCACUUUUUCCUUUCAUAACAACUGCCCUUGCGACUACACAAGAGCGUGAUAGAAAAUCAGUCUUCAAGGACACGCCAGAUUUCAUACCACACUGGGAAAAAUACGAUGGCGCCGCAGGCGAGAAAAAUAUGGAUAAAGGCAGAGGUAGUUCUUCUGGUUGGCGUGGCCCAUCGCGUGAUGGGCAGCAGAUAAUGUCCAUAUUUGCAAGAAAUGUGCGCGAAUUAGAUGCAAGAAGAUUGUUGUGGAAGAGACAUGAACGACUGAGGAAAAAGGGAAAGGAAGAUGCUGCUCGGGUAAGGCUUCCGGAAGAGCAAGGAGAAGGAGCAUCACUCCCACUGAGCUCUGGUACUGGUGAAAAUGUGUCUCCUGAAUUUUCACAACAACAACAAGAAGGUAUACACACUACCAUUAAGAAAUCAAAAGAGUCCAUUACGCCGACUUUGAGACUCUUAGAUUCCGAAGAGCCUAGUAAGGAGUGGAGAGGACAUCUGAAUGGGGACUUUCCAUUGCCGUUUGAAGGCUCAAGUCCAUUCUUCAUCGAUCAACCGGUGAACAUUUAUGCUCAGUUGUAAUUAGUAAUCACUCUAUUUUCCUAAUGUCCUAACGAGGUUUUGGUCGCGGAUGGGUAAUUAGACUCUUUGACAGAGAACUCCCUCUAAUUUCCCAUCCGCGACCAAAACCGCAUGUCCGUUGCUGUGUGUCAAGCAGUAAAAGAAGAGGAGACGAUUUUUUUCUACCAACUCCGAGAACUCCAGGAUCAUUUACAGCACUACACAAAAUAUCUUCUCGACGGCACAUCUGCGCAGCAUUUGUUGCAGGUGUUGUUUCCGUACUUCGACUUGUCCAGGUCAGAUUUUGGUGCGAAAUUUUGAAGACGAAGUUUUGGGUUUUGGUCCGCAGUCUUGAACUAGGUUACAUUUUGGUUAAUGACGUUUUGGGGAGAAUUAGGGACAUUUGUUUUGGCUCUUACGGGUGUUGUUGUUUUGUCACAUUCACGUUUCAUUUUCUAGUGGGGAAAGAAAAAGAUCCAUCUGGGGGGAAAGCCUAUGCGCGUAGAGUAUAUUGAAUUUCUUUUGGGGAUAGACACAUGGAGACAUCACGACUUCGGAAUCUAGACUCAUUCAAACUGAGAAGCCGAUCUGGGCGCGACCCGACGACUAUUGUUCUUUGAUUGUACCUGUGAAAUUUGUUUUGCCUGCACCAGGGCGUGGAAGUACC